AUGGCAACAGCGUUUGGUGGUCUCUCGGACUCGCGCAAGGGGGAUGAUGUGUUCUCAGCGUCAGGAUGUUACCCUCUCGAACUUCCCACGGAAGAUAAAGACGGAGAAGAAAUGGGGACCCGACAUGACCAUACCGAUAUGACUCGCAUGGGCAAGGCGCAGGAGUUCAAGAGAAAUCUCCGACCGUUAGCUGCCCUCAGCUUCGCAUCGGUCUUGCAAGCCACUUGGGAGUUUAUCCUCAUAUCCAACACGCAAGGCCUCGAGAAUGGGGGAAUGGCCGGCUUGGUUUGGACCUACGUUUGGACCUUGGUCGGCUUCGGCUUCAUAAUAGUCUCUCUGUCGGAGAUGGCAUCAAUGGCUCCUACAUCGGGAGGACAAUACCACUGGGUCUCCGAGUUUGCCUCCCCACGAUACCAAAAGUUUUUAAGCUACAUAACCGGAUGGAUGUCCGUUCUGGCAUGGCAAGCGGGUGCAGCAUCUGGAUCUUUCCUGACUGGCACGAUCAUUCAAGGCCUGAUCAGCGUGCACAACCCAAACUAUGAGCCGACAAGGUGGCAAGGAACGCUUUUUGUCUUCGCAAUGAUCCUAGUGAUCUACUUUUUCAAUGUCUAUGCAGCGAGCUGGAUGCCGAGAAUACAGAAUGUGCUGCUCGCUCUUCACACGGUGUGCUGGGUCAUUGUGACGGUUGUGCUCUGGGCCAUGGCUCCUCGUCAAUCGGCCAAGGCUGUCUUUACCGAAAUUAAGACUUAUAGCGGCUGGAAUCAUAAAGGACUCUCCAUCAUGAUUGGGCAAAUUUCCGCCAUCUAUGGGUCGCUUAGCGCUGAUGCCACGGCCCAUAUGUCCGAGGAAGUUCGUGAUGCCGGUCGCUAUGUACCCCUCGCCAUCUGCGGUGGAUAUUUCAGCAAUGGAAUCCUGGCGCUCAUCACUGUCAUCACUCUGACGUUCGCCAUGCCAUCCGUUGCAGACGCACUGAAUGACCCCACUGGAUUUCCGUUCAUCUACGUGUUUAAACAGGCUGUCUCAACCGCUGGGGUUAACGGAUUGACGGCCAUCAUUCUGAUUCCCGUCAUCUUCAGCAACAUCCUCUUCAAUGCAUCGACGGCCCGCCAAACCUAUGCCUUCGCUCGGGACAAAGGUUUGCCCUUUGCAAGUUGGGUCUCACACGUGAAUCAGAGCUACAAGUUACCCGUCAAUGCGAUUGCCUUGUCCUGCAUUAUUAGCGGUCUUCUCUCACUCAUCAACAUCGGCUCCGACACUGCCUUCAACGCGAUCAUUUCGCUAAAUGUUGCGGCUCUGAUGUGGACCUAUGCGAUUUCAAUCAGUUGUGUCAUGUAUCGCAAGAUCUAUCUUCCCGAUACACUCCCACAGCGGCGGUGGAGCCUAGGCCGGCAUGGUCUUUGGGUCAAUGCCACGGGCCUAGUAUAUGUUCUUUUCGCACUCUUCUGGUCAUUCUGGCCCCCAGAGAUACCAGUGACUUUAAAAAAUUUCAACUGGAGUGUCGUAUUGUUCGUUUGGGUCUUUUUCAUCAGUGUUGCCAUGUACAUGUUCCAAGGAAGAUGGGUGUAUAGAGGACCUGUGAUGGAUGUCAAACGGCUAUACUAG